AUGCCUCUGGUAGGGAAGCUCAGUGACAGAGUUAGCAACAGACUUGGUCUCAAAGACCUACCACCACCUGAAAAAGUGAUUGAGAAUCUGUCAGUCUUGAAAUCAAAAGCACUGGAAAUGGCUAAUCCUGACACAGAUGUAGACUUCAAAAGACAGCUGCACAGCAUUUACAAACACAUGCAAGACAAUGUCUCUGUAUUUGUUACAAUGAUGGGCAAUGGGACAUGCUGGCUAUGGACUCACAACCAGUUUGUUGCACCCCAGGAUCUGGUUCUUGAAUACCCAAAUAAUCUAGAUCUGAGUUCUUACAUUGGGAAGGUACCAAGUGAAUUUUUGCCAUACAGAACAUUGUUCCAGAAAUUUGGCCUGAGAAAAGUACUUUCAAAUGAAGACAUUUUGGGCAUUCUGUACUCCAUCCAGCAAACAAUUGAAGCAAGACAACCGCCAUUUGCAAGUUCCUCAGAGGUCAAAGUGUCAAUAGAAAUUCUCAACUGGCUCUGGAAAGAGAAGAAGACAGUUCAGGAUGACAUCCCAGUGCCAAUCAUUGCUGAGGGAGGAAAAUUUACCCUUAAACCACGAUCAACAACUCUUUUCUGUGAUGUAAGCAAAAAUGGACUGAAAGAACUAAACUGCAGAGAAGAGGAAAUUUAUGUCAUACAUGAGGAAAUCCCAAAAGCAGCGGCUGAAUGGCUGGAAAUUCGUUUUCUCAGUACCCACAUCCUUGAUCCAGAGGAGAUAGGAAUAGAGCAGUGUGGACAAUCUGAACCAAUAACAAUGAGGAUAAAAAACAUUCUUAAAGAGUACGAUGAAGACAGUGACAUCUUCAAAGAGCUCAUCCAGAAUGCAGAGGAUGCUGGGGCAGAUGUUUGCAAGUUCUUGGUGGAUUUCAGAGUACACAGAGAUGCCCCUGAAAGCCUGAUUGACCAUGACAUGGCUCUUUAUGAUAAAAGCUCAGUGUUGGAUCAAGUGUACAACAUUAAUCACCCAGAGUUUUCCCACCUUUCAAAUGAUGAUAUGAAGGAGUUUCAGAUCUUCUUGCAAUCGGGAUUAUCCAAAUCCAAAGUCAGCCAAGAGUAUGUGAGGAAGCUCAAAUCCUUACCAAUAUUUGAAACAACACAUGGUAAACGAGUGAGGAUUGAUGGAGCUAAGGUUUUCAUCCUUAACAUCAAAUAUACAGUCAUAUUUCCAGAUUUGUUCAACCUACCUACAAACAGCUGCAUUUUUCUGAAACACAACUCCGAGAACUACAUGCUGUCACAAACACUCAACAUUCAGGUCCUGGAUGAUUUGGAGUAUUUCAUGAAGUUCAUUCUGCCUGCUGUACACCAACUCACGGAGACACAGAUUCUUCACAGCCUCAAACUGUUGCUGUCACUACGUUACUCUUUGAAGCAAAGGGAAACUAUCAUCUCCUCACUGAAGACGGUGAAACUGAUUCGCAGUUCUCAAGGUAGACUGGAGCCUGCAUCAUACUACUUUGAUGAGAGUGUGGAGCUGUACAAACAAAUGUUGCCCCACGAGAGAUUUGUUCCUGAGAGAUUUUGGUCUGAACUGUGUGAAGGAGAUGACUACACAACAGAAAAAGCAAAACAGCUGGUCAGAGAACUUGGAAUGAAGCAUGUUGUGUCAGCGGACGAGAUAAUACAUUUUGCGUACCAGCUGGAAUCAGAAGCAAAAGUUAACAGAAGACUCAAAGACAUGAAACUGAAAUCAUCAUUACUUUUCAGGGAAGCCUUAAAUAAAGCAUGCAACAUCAAAAUUAAAGAUCAACAUUUUUUGGAGAAGAUUGCCGACAUCAAAUUCAUUUUUCCAGUAAUGAUUCGAAAAGAACUGUCCAACUACCACCAACCAUUUGCUGCUGAAGGAACUACUGUGAAAAUUAGAGGCUCUUUGAUUGACAAAAAACCAGAGUAUCAAGAUUUGAUUUGGUCCUCAAUGCCAAUUAUAGACCUACCAGUUUAUACAACACAGAAACUUAUGCAGAUGAUGAAAAAUGCAGGAGCUCACGAAGAACCACCUCCAAACUGUGUAGCCAGUAACAUAAGAAACAUCUGUCAGUCACCAUGUGAAACUGAUCAGCUGAUCAAAACACGAGCUAAAGUAUUCAGAAGUUCGUACGCUUAUCUGCAAGCAAAAAGAUUUGAAGGAAACCACCUGGCUGGUCUUCCUGUUGUGUUGGUUGAAAAAGACACAAAACUUAUGAGGCCUAAUGACGUGUGUCUGUCGCUCUCCUAUGAUCUGGAUUUCAGACCUUAUCUGUACAAGAUUACUCCAGAAGAUGCAAUGUAUGCAUCGUUCUUUCAGAAAAUUGGUGUGAAGAACAAAGCUACUGCAGAGCAAUAUUGUAGUGUUUUGGCAGCAGUUUACGCUGAUUCCUGUGAUAAACAGAAACUACAUUCAAACCAGCUGAGAACUGUGAAACGAGCUGUUGAGCAGUUGUUUAAGUCAAUCAGUGCUCAGGGAAAUGAGACACUUCUUGAAAAUGUGGAGACUCUGUAUCUUCCUGCAGCAGAUGGUAAAUUAUACCCAUCAUCCACACUCUGCUACAACGACACAGUGUUUGAGACCAAAAGGUUGGAAGAAGCGCUGGAGAACAAGUUCCUGCUUCUUGAGAAACUCAGUGAAUGUCAUUUGGGCAACGACAAAUACAAGCAUCAUCAGCUGUUGCAACUGCUGCCUCAGAAAUUUCAGCCAAAGAUGCUGUCUGAGUUCACAGAGGAAAGAGUUGUGGAAUCAAAGAUGCAGCCUUGUGAACUUGGGACUGGCUGUGAAUUUAUUGGAUGGUUUGCUAAACAUCUCUCCUCAAGAGCCUUUAAAUAUGGAUUCAUUUGUCUUCUUAGAGAGCAGUUGCAAGGCAAAAUAACACAAGAAGAUGCUUCUAACAUAUGUGAGAAGAUUUUUGGCAGUAUACAGAUUAUCUGCUGCAAAACUUUGGAAACAACACUCUGGCUCGAUAAACAGCCACUUCCCAAAACUGAUGAAGAAACUGAUGUAUCUGUGGAACGAGGGCAACAAGGGUGCACCUUUUACUUAAAGCACAAUGAUGACAUGGCUCUCAAAGUGAUAAAUGAAGUCAUUACAACAUUGACAAAAGAGAUUAAUGCUCUUUUAGGAAACAGAAUUGCAUCGGUUCACCUUCCAGUGCUGGGACAACUCCUCAUGUGUGAUGAUCUGCAAGAUGUUCGGAAAACUCUAGCUAAAAAUCAGAUCCGUGACAGUGCUGAAACUGAAAGUUCCUCUUUUAGUCCAGCAGCCCCUGGGACAGAGAUUCCAGAAGAAUGGCAUGAUUGUUUGGACAUGAAUGUCCUCAACAACUUUGAAGAGGGGGAAUAUGUUGGCUACAGCAUUGAUGACAAGUACAUUUAUGCAGUUAUUGUUGAAGAACUGCCUGGUCACAAUGGACGAUAUUCAUGGAGGUACAAAAUAGAAGUAGGAGAAGAUGAGCCCAUUGAAGUCAGCUGUGUUGAUCUGUUUCAGUUUAAACGAGAAAAGAAGAUGCUAAAACCAGAAGAAAACACUUGCAUGGAGCUGGAACCACUGACAGGAGCUGUCCCACAUUCUUCUGAACCAUCAAUAAAUUCCUUACCAGCCUCUGUUCAGGAAGCUAAAAGGGAAAUUGAUAAAUGUUUGGCAGAGAUCUGGAAGCUUCCUGAGGAGGAGAGGCACAAAGCCAUCAAGAGACUGUACCUCAGGUGGCACCCUGACAAAAAUCCUGAUCGCCAGUCUCUCGCCAAUGAGGCAUUCAAAUAUUUACAGAAUCGAAUUGAUGAGCUCAGCAAACCCAAAGCUGCAGGCUCGACCUUUUCAAGCAGAAAUACACAUUUCAGGGGCUUCUAUCAACAGUGGAAUCAGGAGGCCAGGUAUCACAGAAAUAGUCGAGAGAGGUUCUCUAGAGGUUAUAGAGGUUUCCAUUCCUACAACUUCUGGACCCACAAUGAAAAUGUCCCAAGGCCAGACAGAGAAGAGGCCAGACGCUGGUGUAGACAGGCUCGCUGCGAUCUCAAUGCAGCUCACAAAGACACUGGUGGAGAGAGCACAGAGUGGUGUCUGUUUAAGGUUCAUCAAGUAGUGGAAAAGUCUCUUAUAGCAGCAUGCUAUAAAAGAAAUGGACAACACCCCAACAGCAGCUCAAUUUCAGCCACUGCUGCACAAGUUUCCCUCUACAGCCCCCAACUGAGAGAUCUGCCUGAGAUUGUGAAAAACCUGCAGACACUCGGGGUGGAUCCCAAAAGGACUCAAUAUCCCAACUGCCAUCCAUAUCCCCACAUACCGAACGGACAAUUCAGAUCAGAGAAUGAAAUGCUGGCACUGAACAAGGCAUCUGAGCUCCUUAAUAAAAUAGAAGCAUAUGUGAAUUAA